CUUCCCCCGUGAGGAUCAAGAUUGACUUGCUUCCCUGCUUGCUUCAAGUGCAAGAUGCCAAAACCUCAACAGAUAGAUCAUACCCCCGAAGCUAGCAUAACUACACCAAAAGAAGACAUUGCUAAUGUUCCCAAAUUUGGUUGGAGAGUAAACUUUGACCAUGAAUGCAAAGACAAAUGUGAUCCAUUUGUAAAACCCAGACUCACCCACAUUCCUGAAUUAAUUGGCCUUAGCUAUAGAUAUAUGAAAGUAUGGAUAAAGCACAAAAGACAGGGAAGAAUAAUGUUUAUAGAUCAUCUGAAUCAAGUUACGCACAAGCCUAUUUAUGGCUGUCCUAUAGGUGGUAUAGGUUGUGGUACCAUUGGUCGUGGCUACCGAGGGGAAUUUUGUAGAUUUCAGAUGGUUCCAGGGAUAUAUGAGCAUACUAUUGUUCCAGCAAAUUCUUUCAUCUUGUGUAUACGAAAGAACAAUAAAACUGUUUAUCAAAAAGUCCUAACAGGAGGAAAAGGGAAGCACUUGAAAUCAUGGGAAUGGGGAUUUCCCAGACAGAAUGCUACAUACCAUGCACUUUAUCCUCGAUCAUGGACGGUAUAUGAUAUACCAGAGUUUAACCUCAAGCUUACAUGUCGUCAAAUAUCACCUAUCUUCCCUAAUGAUUACAAGGAUACCAGUUUUCCAAUGGCAGUAUUUGUAUGGUCUGUAGAAAAUAUGGGACAAGAAUCAUUAGAUAUCAGUAUCACAUUUACAUUUAAAAAUGGUAGAGGUGUGAAGGAAGAUUGUAAUCCUGGUAACUGGACUGAACCAUUUGAAAGUGAGGCUGAGGGGCAGAAGGUUGUAGGAAUGAUGAUCAGACAGAAUAUACGUGACAUGAAAUGUACAUACGGUAUAGCUGGCGCUUUCAAGACUGGUGUAGAUGUAAGUACAAAGUCACAGUUCAAUCCUAAAGGAUCAGGACAGGAUUUAUGGGAAGAUCUCAGUGAUGAUGGAAAAUUAAAAUCAGCGACAGAUCAAAACAAAGAUCAGCCCAUAGUCAAUUGUAAGACACUUUACUCUGUCAUGUUGAAGGUCUUACUGAAUAUUUUACAGUUUCUACUAAAUCUAGUCCUACCGUCAAAAGAAAGAAGUGCUUCAACAGGUAAAGGAUCUGAAAUAGGAUCAGCUGUAUGUCUAUAUACCACAGUAAAGCCAGGGGACAAAGAAGAUCUGGAAUUUACACUCACAUGGGACAUGCCUGUUGUACAUUUCAAAGCUAGAAAACAUAAGUAUCUAAGACGGUAUGCUCGUUGGUUUGGUAGUUCUGGUGAUGCAUGUCCACAGCUGUGUAGUUAUGCCCUGAAAAACUAUCCUAUGUGGGAAACAAAGAUUGAAGAAUGGCAGAAUCCAAUUUUAUCAAAUAAAAAUUUACCAUCCUGGUACAAGUCAGCUUUAUUCAAUGAGUUAUACUUUGUCAGUGAUGGUGGAUCUCUAUGGUUAGAUAUGGCUGAAGAGAAAGAUGGGCAGAUUCAGAGAAAGAUCAGUCCAACAGAACCAGAGGUUAUACAAGAAUAUGGAAAAUUUGGCUAUCUAGAAGGACAUGAAUAUAGAAUGAUUAACACCUACGAUGUCCACCAUUAUGCUUCCUUUGCCUUCAUCAUGUUAUGGCCUAAGAUUCAACUGUCUAUACAGUAUGAUAUGGCCACAGCAGUAAUGUCAGAAGACACAACUCCGAUAGUAUUUUGUAUGGAAGGAAAUCGAGGGAUCUAUAAAACAAAGAAUGCAGUACCACAUGAUCUAGGAGAUCCAGAGGACGAGCCCUGGGAUAAAGUGAAUGCCUAUAUUGUACAUCCUACACAUGACUGGAAAGAUUUAAAUCUUAAGUUCAUCCUACAGACUUAUAGGGAUUAUAGUCAAACAAAAGAUACAGAUUAUCUCAAAGAUAUGUACACUGUGUGUCAGGCUGUGAUGGAACAUGCUAGACAAUGGGAUACAGAUGGUGAUGGUCUGAUAGAAAAUGGAGGCUAUGCUGACCAAACCUUUGAUGCUUGGACAAUGACUGGUGUGAGUGCUUACUGUGGAGGUCUAUGGCUAGCAGCCCUGAAGAUGUACAUAGAAAUCAGUAGGAUUGUUGGUAAUACAGAGGAAAUGAAGAAAUAUACCGAAAUAUUAGAUAAAGGCAAAGAAGCAUUUGAUAAAAAAUUGUGGAAUGGAAGUUACUAUAAUUAUGACUCCAGUACUACCAGUGGACAUGAUGAUAGUGUGAUGGCUGAUCAGCUAGCUGGACAUUGGUUUCUAAGGGCCUCAGGCAUGGAGGAUGCAACUAUUUUUCCACCAACACAUGUAAAGACAGCUUUGAAGACUAUAUUCAAAAAUAAUGUUAUGGGAUUUGAGAAUGGUAACAUGGGAGCCAUUAAUGGAACAAGGCCUGAUGGGAAGAUGGAUAUGAGUAGUGUUCAAAGUGAGGAAUUCUGGGUAGGAGUCACUUAUGCCCUUGCUGCAAAUAUGAUUCAGGAGGGUAUGUUGGAUGAAGCCUUCCAAACAGCAUGGGGAGCUUACCAUACAUGUUGGGAAACAUAUGGCCUACAAUUCCAAACACCAGAGGCCUACAUGCUUGACAGAAAUUACAGAUCCCUGGGCUAUAUGAGACCACUAUGUGUUUGGGCCAUGCAAUGGGCUUUAGAAAAGUUUCAUCCACAGUUAAUGAAGUCCUAACUAUGUGCAAUAUGGACUUGGUGAUGCUAUAAAGUUUUUUGUGUUCAUAUUGCUCAGUUUUUACACAUUUUAUUUUCAAAGCCACACGUUUUUUUUUGUUAGAUCUUGUUUUAUACAGCUGAAAUAAAUAUAUUCAUAGACAUCAUUUGGUCUCUGGUGGAGAGUUGUCUCAUUGGCAAUCAUACCACAUAUCCUUAUUUUAUACACUCAGUCAUUCCACAUCUGAAAUACAUGGAAAAAAUGCAGUGUUCGAGUAAAUUUAUCAUGAAAUAUAAGAUAAAUCAGUUAAAAGCUUUCAUCACCAAAUUUUUUUACAUUAUUUGAUUGAAUUAAAUUUUCUCGAGAUUUUUUUAAAGAUGUUUCAUUUUUGAAUUCUUAAGUCUGCAUUUUGAUCAUGAGCAAAUAAAAAAUCUGUAAAAAUAUCAGAAAAAUAAUGGCAUGACAAAAAUCAUAAUAUGUUCACAUGAAAUUGUAGGCAAGUAUUUGAUACUGUACGUCAUGUUAUUGCUUGUAAUUUGUUGAAUUUUAAUUAGUAAUAAUUAUGUUAUUUUUUUUUUACAAAUAUUUAUUUGAUAUUAAAUAAUUAAGCUUCCAUAUAUACACAAGUGCAAUUAUUACAAAUCGUAAAUGUUAGAUUAAUUGUUGUUUAUAUUGUUAUAGUGUUUUUAAAAGAUAUAUCUUUUUUUGUUUAAUUUUUGUUUUCUUUCGUAUUGCUUUAAAGAAUAAUUUUACAUUAUUUUCCCACUAGUCUAUGCUUUAAUUGUCAGGUGGUAUCUUUGGUUACAGUGGGAAUUAUACCAAAAUAUUGUAGUUUUUGACAUGUUAAAAGCAUAUAAUUAACAAAUAUUACUUGUCAGAUUUUUAUCUUCAUUAUAGUAAUCAAGUUUCUCAAACUUUAUUUACUGACAAGGAUAUGAAAGAAAAAGGGUAAUUAAAAAGGGUAUUUAAUGAGAUGAAUAAUUGAUUUGAGAUGUUAAUAAAUUUGAAAGCUCAGAAGUAGUGAAGAAAUGAACUCAGGUAUGUAUAUUCAUGUACGAGUUUCAUUGUAAUAGUAUACAUUGUUUAGGCUACCUCAUCAUACUUGACAUCAUACCAGCAUAAGAAAUUUCCUUUCCUUGAGAACAAUUCAAGAUAUAACUUAACCAUGAUUAAAGUAAAGUACAAUAAUCAAUACCCAAUUGAUAAAAGCAAAUAAAUAUUUUAAUUUUCUGUAACCCAAAAAUGCAUGUUUUUUAUAAUUGGACAAUUGUUUAUUCUUGAAUUAUACCUUGUUAAAUUGCGCCAUUAAAGGCAUAAUUACCUAAAACCAUGGAAUUUUAUGAUUGAGGUUAUGUUUGGUCCAACAGAUUUCUAUAAAAAUGCUACGGGUUGCAAUUGAUAUUAAUAAUUGGAAUACAUGCAUUAGUCUUUGCAAGGUACUAGAUCCUAUUGAUUCUUACAUUGUCAUCUAGAUACAGAAUCAAACUUAGUCAUCUUUAGUGAUAGCAAGCUAAAUAAUCUUUAUCUUAAUGGAACUGCGACUCUUUUCACAAUAAGUCUUACGAGUAAAAUUACUCGUAAGUCAUGAACAUUUCAGUAUAACUUACGAUGAAUUUAAUCGUAAGAUUUUUUGUGAAAAGAGCCGCUGUAUUUGAUCUUUUCAUGAUGUUGCUAGUCAAUUGUUUCAUUUAUUUCUCUUUAAUGUCACAGUAACAUUAAAUUGUGACUGUUCUUCUUCUUUGUUUAUAUACAAAUUAUUAUUUAUCUUAUUAUAGUUGAUAUAUGUUUAGAUUUUUAAUUUUGUUACAUUGCCUGGUUGUGUUGUAUCAUAUUUUCAAGCCCUGCACUUUAUUUCUAAUAUGUGUAUUGUAGAUCUUAAAAAUGUCUUUUGUUUCUGAAAGUAAGGAAACUUUUGUUAAUCUCAUGAGCAGGCAGCAAUCCACCAAUACAAAAUAUAGAAAUCAUAAGAGGAGAUUGAUGAGUACUCAAAACAAAUGUAUCCCCUUGUCUCAAGUUAGGAGCAUUUUCAGUGCUUUGACUUCAUUUUAAACCAUGUUUUUCAGUGGUAAUACAAUGGACAGGCAGCUCCAUCUGUUUGCCUGAAAUAACUUGAGAAUCAUUCAACCAAUACUUUUCAAAUUUGCUGAAGACAAAAUGGAUGUCUAUAAGUAGUUAUAACAAUUGAAUUGUUUCAUAUUUUUCAUGUCGGGGCCUUUUAUAGCCGACCAUACAGUAUAGGUUUUUCUCAUUGUUGAAGGCCAUACGGUUGCCUAUAAUUGCUUACAUCCACUUCAUUUGAACUUUGGUGGAUAGUUGUCUCAUUGGCAAUCAAACCACAUCUCCUUAUUUUUAUACAAACUCAAUUUUCUUAUUUGAAAAUUUUUCAUGAAAGGCUCCUCUUUUAAAAAAAGUGAUGCUGUUACUGUUAUAUCUCUGACAUUUUGACCUUCUAGCAUGUAUUAAAUUACACCUUUUAUCAGCUGAGAAUCUUGCGUUAUUUUUUUACCUUUGAAAUGUUUUCAAAUGUAUAGACACAAAGAAUGAUAUUGUAAGAAGUGGAAAAAACCUAGUUUCCUUAUGUUUACUUUAAAUGUUGAAUCUGUCUUAUAUUCUCAAUAGAAUCACUUUUAAAAGUUUAAAAUUUACAUGCGUAAGAUACACAUCAGCCUCAUAGUAUGAUAUCACAUAUUAGUGACCUCCAUGACAUAUAUGGCCAUUUAAAAACUUCUGUGUUGUAACCCACUACAUUUUAUGUGGUAGACACUCCAUUUUAUGUGGUAGACCCUCCAUUUUAUGUGGUAGACACUCCAUUUUAUGUGGUAGACCCACCAUUUUAUGUGGUAGACACUCCAUUUUACAUAAAAUCCUCCAUAUACUGUAAAUUCAGAAAUUAUGGCAAACAUUUAUUAUUGCGAUUUUUAUAGAAUGGACAAUAAUGCGAGAUUAACUAUUGCGAUUUCAGGAAAAUCUGCAUACAGAUAUAUGUAUCAGAUAUGAGAAUGCGAGUUCUUAUUAUUGCUAUAAUCACCAAGUUGCAUUAUUCACAUAAAUAAAAACCUCACAAUAAUUUCUGAAUUUACAGUAUACAAUUAACAUAUAGGAAUAUAUUGAAUUUAUAUUGUAAACAUAGAAAAUUGAUCAAUGAUAUACAUUUAUUGUUAAAUAAGGUAGUUUUGAAGUGAUAUUAUCCUUAGAAAUCCAUUGAUCUUUUUUUGUGAUUUUAUUAGAAUUAUAUUAUUUCUAAGUAAUGAUAUUAAAAUGUCUAAUACAGAGGUCAUACAAAGUUUAAAUUGAAAGGGAUAUUGACCUCCUGUGAUGUCACAGCGCUUAUCAAUGGCUUGUGAUCUUAACUUGUUUUUAAGGAAUUAUGUUGUUAAAGUAGAAAAGUAUAAGUUGAACCCUUUUAAUUUCAUUUCAGAAAAUGAGAUGGAUUUCAUGUAUUCUGUCGUUAUUGCUGUGAAUUCAACAUUCACUAUUAGAAAAUAUGUGUUUUUUUAAAAAACAAAAGUAAAGUUUCUUGUCAGUGUGUUAUUAUCCCAAUAAAGAGCACUUUGCAAGUAUCAACCCACUGAGGUUACACACUUCAAACAAUGCACUGUCAGUUAACAGAACUUUCAAUGUAAGAGGUACCGUAAGUUCUCUUAAUCUAUAUCAAAAGUACCCAAAAUUACUAUUACCUUGAUUGCCUUUUGUUACAAAAUUUAAAAAGAUUGAAACUGGAUUUUAAAAAUUUCCAGCUGUCUUAAAUGUUUGAAGCCCUGACCCUAACCAAUACUUUCUAACAAGUUAAAAAGGUGUAAAUGGUUUUCUCUUUGAAACCUAGUGUUUGCUAGAAACAUAAGAUAAAGCUGUUGUUCAAUGGAAAUAAUAUCUUUAUUGUGAUUUUAAGAUAUGCCACUUUCUGAUCAACUAUUAUAUGUAUAACAGUUGAGUAUAAAUAAAAUGUGAUUUUUCAUAUUUUCCAGAAUAAAUAAUAAAAUAGUUUCUCUUUCA